CUAUUUACAAAGAUCAGGCAUUUUUCUAGAGAAACCCUCAGUGAUUGUGUUAGUUCAUCAUGGCAGCCUGUAGUGCUUUCAGACCGCUAAGACUGGCAGCGAGGCACAGUCGGAAAAUCUCCUUAGGUCAAGAUCUCUUAAAGUCACACACCGGAGACUUGAACCGUCAAACUGCUACGGUUUUACCGGAGAACUUAAAGAGCAUGGAUGAGCUGCCUGGUCCAAGUCUCUCCUCCACUAUUUACUGGCUGUUCGUGAAAGGAUAUGCAGAUAAAAGUCAUGCAUUACAGGUGGAGCACAAGCGCCUCUACGGUCCGAUCUGGCGCUCACGGUUCGGGCCAUUUGACAUAGUGAACGUGGCGACAGCAGAACUCAUCUCCCAGGUGAUCCGCCAGGAGGGGCGCUACCCAGUGCGCACUGCGCUUCCACACUGGAAAGAGUACCGAGAUAUGAGGGGUCAGGCUUACGGGCUCCACGUGGAGACCGGUACGGAGUGGUACCGAAUACGUAGUGCACUGAAUCCAAAAAUGCUGAAGUUGCGAGAAGCAUUCACGUUUGCGCCAGUCAUUCAUGACGUGGUCUCAGAUCUGCUGCAGAGAGUGGAGCGACUGCGCUCGCGCAGCCCGGACAAGAGCACCGUGUACGACCUCGCCACCGAGCUCUACAAGUUCGGCUUCGAAGGCAUUUCCUCCAUCCUGUUUGAAACGCGCUUGGGUUGUCUUCAGGAGGAAAUUCCAACAGAAACACUUCGCUUCAUUGCAGCAGCCAAUAACAUGCUAACACUGUCUGAGACUGUGCUGUUUUUCCCUCGCUGGACUCGGAAGAUAUUCCCUUUAUGGAAGCAGUUCAUCCAGGCCUGGGACGAUCUCUACGAUGUAGCGCGGAAUCUGAUCGACAGGAAGGUGAAGCAGAUGGAGGAACAGGUUCAGCGUGGAGAGCAGCUGGAAGGCAUGUACCUCACCUACCUGUUAACAAGCAACAAACUCUCCCUGGCAGAGGUUUAUAUCACCAUAACGGAGCUGCUGCUGGGAGGAGUCGACACGACAUCUAACACCAUGUCCUGGACUUUGUAUCACCUCGCCCGUGAUCCCGAGGUGCAGAACUGUCUCUAUCGGGAGGUGGUGUCUGUGUGUCCGGACAGGCGCUUGCCUACCACAGAGGACCUGAGCAGAAUGCCGUACCUUAAAGCUGUUAUCAAGGAGACACUCAGAUUGUAUCCUGUUGUGCCUGGUAACGGACGGCUCACCGUGGAAAACGAGGUCGUUGUAGGUGGUUACUGGUUCCCAAAAGAGACGCAGUUCCAUCUGUGUCACUAUGCCACGAGUCACAAUGAGAACGAGUUUCCGGAUGCUGGAGCUUUCAUUCCGGAGCGCUGGUUGAGGGGAACACCAUCACAUUCCCAACACCACCCCUACAGCUCCAUCCCGUUCGGAGUCGGGGUCCGGGCUUGUGUGGGGAGACGUGUGGCCGAGCUGGAGAUGUACUUCGCUCUGUCUCGGCUGAUGCAGCACUACGAGGUGUGUCCCGUAGAUGGAUCCACCGCCAUCUACCCCAAAACACGGACUCUCCUCAUUCCUUCCAAACCUAUAAACCUUCGUUUCGUCCCCCGGACCUGAAGGCGGCGUUACUCACCAAGAGAAUGAGAAAGACACAAACUUUUUACUUUUUUAGAGCCGUAAGUCUUAUAUGGUUUAAAUGUGACAGGAAACUUUAGUGGCCCAGAACAUAACAAUUCCAUUGGUAACCCAAAAAAAAUAGAUCUCCACAAAAUAGGGUAUCUAUAAACUAAAAUAUUUCAAGAUUAAAUGCGUUAAAAUUCUUAUAGGAUUUUUUUCGACCACACAGGAUAUUAAGUCUCUCAGAGAUGAUUGAUUUUUAAACAAUUCUUGCAUAUUUUCUUGCUUGCAGCACUUAUCUAAUACGCCCUGUGUUAUCGCAUAAAGCCCACUACUCAUUACCUUUAUCCUUGUCUUUAUCUUGCAAAAUAUAGACUUUUCUGUGAAGCUCACGCAUCAUGGACUUUCCACUCCAACCCUGAGUCUUGAACGCUUUCUGCUUCUGGUCGUGGGUUUCUAUUAAUGCACUUGUUCUAAUAUAGGAUUGCUUCCAUAGCAACGGCGUACACAAGGAGCUUGUAUAGCAGAUGUCACGUUUAAAACUAAUAGUAAACAUUUUAUAAAAUUGCAGAUAUUAACAAAAAUAUAAUAAUAGGUUAUAUUUAUAUAUAUAUAUAUAAAUAUAAUAUAGGUUUAAGGUUUCUUUAAGGAGAUAUUUCAUUAACAUUUAUAGAAAGGCAGUGUACUGACACUGGAGACUCCUUCCCUAAACGGUGAAUAAAUGCCUUUGCAUUACCUGGAUUCUGUGUAUAAUGUGACAAACUGGGUUUUUUUGUGGAAUAGUGCAAAGAUCUUAUGACCACUUUUUGUGGUGUAAGAGGAAGAAAGUACUUCCAGACAUGCUUGUUAUGGAAAACUAAUCAACUUUAGGCUGGUAAGAGUAGCUCCUCUUCAUCACACCACCAUGUUGCUGAAUAUUUUCCUAACAGUGUUUUAUGCCCAGUGUAUUACACAGCUGGAUCCAGUUAUUAAGUGCAAUAACCUGUAUGCAAUAUCAAUAAAAUAUCAUAAUUAAAGUGAAA